AUGAAUCACGAAUAUGAUUGCAACAAAGCAAUAGAAAUCUUACAAAAAAUCCAACGUCUAAGAAGCGAGGCAGAUAUAGAGCAUUUGAUGAGAUUAACAUCAAACAUAAAUUUCUUUCAAACAAUAAACGAAAUAGCAAACUCUAUCGACAUACACAAAAGCUGCUGUAAAUCACUUACAUUAAAAACUUUUUUAGAAGGAGAAUCGAUUGUUAAACUGGGAGAUAGAAAUAAUAACUUUUACAUUAUUUUAAGAGGAGAAGUAGGGAUUUAUUACCCUUAUAAAAAACCUCCGAAAAGAAAAACUCGCAUAAGAAAUUGUAAAACAGAUUUAUCUGAAAAAAUCGACAAAUCAGAUUCAGAUAUUGAUUUUAAUCCUGAUGAGUUCAAUGAUGACCCUAACCCUCCCCAUUUUAAGGAGAGACCAUAUUUUUCUGUUCGCUUAAAGGGGGUUAAUUUUUGUUAAUUUCAGGUCUAAUAUUUGAAAAUAAAAAUCUUAAAAAAUUAUGUAUAUUAAUUAUAUUUUAAGAAUUUAAUAGAAUUAGCAAGAAAUCUCGUUAAAAUAAUUAAUAAACUAAUUAGAUAUUAAAUUUAUAUUAAAAGACUUUUUGCUAGACCUCCGAGGGGUGCUACUUCUCAAAUAUAGGCAAUGGUCUUCUCUUAAAGGAGGGGAGUAAGGUAGAAUUCAAUAUUAAUAUAGGCCAAAUAAAAGAGCAAGUGCUGGAUAAAGGCAUUCACAAGUCAAUAAACGAUGUUCCCGGAAGCCCAAGCAAAGUGUCAAAUGAAAAACUGAUUUUGCAUAGCUUGGAAGGAUUCGAUAAAUGGCGUGGAGAGCCAACCCAUCCUCUUAACUCCUGCAGCUCGCGCAGAGACCAUGAGGAAAGGAGGAUAACAUUCGAGAAUGUGUAUCCAGUAGCUUUUCUUGGCUUGGUGAAGUGAUUGUCGGAUUGGCCGACCGCAUGCUUAUUUUUUUUGUCUCAGUGGGGUCAGGAAGUUGGAAAGGGUUCCCAGGGUAUGAAUAGUGAUCUUCUUGAUACUCCCCUGAGUGAAGCUGGGGUUUACGCUCUGGGCACGGAUUUCCAUCUUUGUUGAAGGUUUAUCAGAAAAUCAACCCUUUUUAAAUUUUAAUGGUUAAAAACCCUAUUUGAUGUACAGCACGGCGAUACAACUCACUCAGCUACCAGGGUGAGAGUUCACGCCCUCUUGUGGCAGGAAAACCCAUUAUAAGCUUGUUGCAAAGUGGCGAGCAGGCGAAGGGAGUAUAAAGAGUGGAGAUAUCCCUUUGGGAUUAUAGCCGCUUCUCAUAAAGUCUUAAUAACUAAUUUCAUAGUUUUGAAAGCCAAAUCGAAGAAGAGCAAUCAAUUCUUACUGGAUUGCUAAUUGAGUAUCCUAAUUUAGAAACUGUAAAGAUCACAAUGUCAAAUUUAAAAGAAAAAUCCAGAUUUAAUGCUGGAAAUGCAUUUGGAGAACUCGGCAUUAUUAGUUCAAAGCCAAGAGCAAUGACAGCGAUCGCAACUAAGCCAACAGUCCUUGCUUAUCUUUCAAAAAAAACUUUUAGACAAAUUCUCUCAAAAAUCACAGACACCCAAUUUGAUGAGAAAAUUGAUAUAUUAAGAAAACUUACUAUUUUCUCAAAAUGAAGCAAAGUAGCUGUUGCUCGGCUAUGUGAGUCAUUUAAAACUGCCAAGUAUAAUUGAAACCAACCAGUUUACAACGAAGGAGAUCCAGUUGCAAAUGUAUAUUUUGUAAAAAAAGGUGAAUUUAAAAUUACAAAAGGAGUCAAGAAAUCUCUAGGAAUUCUUGACUUAAGUGCUUAUAACGAGCCAUUAUCCCCUGAAGCUCAUACACAAACAAUGCUGAAACUUGGAAAUAUGAGGAAAAUUAACAAAAAAACCAAUUUGCAGCUUGUCAUAAAAGCAGAAAAUGAGAUGGUAGGGGGUGAAGAAAUCAUAGAAGGCCUUGAAUAUAGGGUUCAUUCAUGUCAUUGCUGCUCAAUAGAAGGAGAAUUGAUUUACAUAUCUAAAGAAGAUUUCACAAGCAAAUUCCCUCACCAAGAAACUUGGAAUUAUUUAAAAGAUAAACAAAACUAUGAUUCGCAGAGAUUUCUGAAAAGAGAAGUUAAGCUUAAAGAGAUUGAGGAGAUGAAAAGUACAUUCGAGUUUAGCACUCCAGAUUAUAAUCCUCGUCCAAAACUUUCUCCGAUCAAUAAAAAGCUCUCUUUCUUGGCUAAAAAACCCCAAGCAAUACCUAAAUUGACAAGUCUUUCACGAUUGAGGACUGAAACCAAAGGUACAGCAAGUGAUGAAAAGUCAAUUUUAAAUAAAUCCCUUGGGUUUUCUUCAAAUAAGUACAAUUACUAUUUAUUAAAUAGCCCAAAAACUCCUCGAGCUGGAAGAUCAUAUGAAGCGAUUUCCCCGAACUCCCCUCCAUGAGCGGACAAAAACAUUGGAAAAUCCCUAUUUUUUGACAAAAAGCACACCCUCCGUGAGUGAACAAAAAUUGUUUAUGAAAAAUAUUUUGAUAUAUAAGUGAUAAUUAGUAUAAUAGAAUCUCUAGCUAAUUCUGUUUAAUUUUAAGCAGCUUGCAUUUUAAAACAUAAUUUUUGUAAAUUAAAUUAAUAUUGCUUCUUAAUUUUUUCGAAUUGGGAUUUUUUUUAAUUUUAAAAAAAUUGCUAUAAAAUUAACCCCUCCACAAGAAAAUAAAAUAUUUUUUUUCUCUCAAGGAGAGGAGUAAGAAAAAUAUGCUAGUACACAAAAAGACACCCCCACCUAAUUUUUUGAUUACAUACCGAACAAGAAACUUAGAAUCAAGAAUUAAGAAUUUAUUUGAAAUUGAAUUAACCCCGACACCGCGGAUUUCUCCAGAUUCUCCAAAGAAGCUACUUUAA